AUGGUUACAUACGUGAAAAAUUUGAUUUUACCAUUGUCACGAUCAAUUAUCAUAAAUUUUACAUCAAUUCGCCAAAUGAGUGUAACUGCUGAAACAAAUUCUGUAAAAUCUUUGUUGUAUAAAGAAUAUGGAGAACCUGUAAAUGUCUUACAUGUUACAACACAAGCUAUUAAUAAGCCAGAAAAUAAUCAGGUAUCUGUAAAAUGGUUGCUAGCACCUGUUAAUCCAGCAGACAUUAAUACAAUACAAGGCAAAUAUCCAAAUAAACCACCUUUACCAGCUGUUCCUGGAAAUGAAGGAGUAGGUGAAGUAAUAGCUAUUGGAUCUAAUAUAAAACAUUUGAAUGUUGGUGAUAGAGUUAUACCAAAUGGUUCACAUUUAGGAACAUGGAGAACACAUGCAAAUUAUACUUCAGAAGAACUUAUGAAAGUUCCAAAAGAAGUUGGCACUAUAGAAGCUAGCAUGUUAAAUGUAAAUCCAUGUACUGCAUACAGAAUGCUUAAAGAUUUUGUAUCUUUGAAACCUGGAGAUACAGUAAUUCAAAAUGGUGGGAAUUCAGCUGUUGGGCAAAUGGUUAUACAAUUAUGCAAACUAUGGAAUUAUAAAUCUGUUAGUGUUGUGAGAGACAGACCAAAUAUACAAGAAUUAAAGGAUUAUUUGAUAAGUUUAGGUGCAGAUGAAAUUUUUACUGAAAAUGAAGUAAAAAAAACUCAGACUUUUAAAAGUAAAAAAUUACCCUCACCAAAAUUAGCUCUUAAUUGUAUAUGUGGACAAAAUGCAUUGGAAGUUUUAAGGCAUUUAGCACAUGGAGGUAUUAUGGUAACUUAUGGUGGUAUGUCUAGAGAACCUUUAACAGUUCCAACUUCUGCACUUAUUUUUAAGGAUAUAACAAUAAAAGGAUUUUGGAUGACAGCAUGGACAAAGGCAAAUAUGAAUUCGCUAGAGCGUGAAAGUAUGUUUAGUGAAUUAGGAGCUUUAUUUAAAGAUAAAAAAUUAAAAGCUCCACCACAUAAAUUAGUUCCAUUUUGUCAGUAUCAGGAAGCUGUUACAAAUGCAUUGAAUAUGAAUGGUCGAACUGGUAUAAAAUAUAUUUUGGAUAUGACUAAACCAUAA